AUGAUGUUCAGUCACGUAAAUAAUAUAAUACUAAGCAAUCAAUGUACUACAAAAUACGUUUUCUUUAUAGGUGAACAAGGGAGUGUAAAACCCGUCGGAUUAGCAGGUACCAGAAACCCAGAAUUAAAAAAACAUUUCGAUAAUUUAGGACUCAUAUUAAAGUGGUCUAAUGCGACUCCAAUCAAGACUUACGGAGGUAAAGGCUAUACGUGCUCCUACUGUCUGCAACAAUUCCUAGUACCAGCUGAUCUAAAGAAGCAUACACAAGAAACACAUAGCAAAAUUGUUGGUCCAAUAGUAAAAAAGUCAGACUUAAGAGGUUUUCAUAUGAAACUAGACAUUACUGACUUGGAAUGUGUCUGUACAAAAACACUUGAUGAUAUAGAAGAACUUGUAGAUCAUUUGUGUGAAGAACACGAUUUAUAUUUUCAUACUGAUAUAAAAAAUUACAUUAUACCCAUUAAGUUUUACAACGAUGAACUCCGAUGCUAUAUAUGUAUAAACAAAUUUUGUUCGUUUAAAAUGCUGAUAAAACACAUGAACGUACAUUUUAGAAAUUUCGUUUGUAACGUUUGUGAUGAGGGCUUCGUUUAUAGUAAGCAGUUGAAGAAUCAUUCCGCAACACAUAUGACUGGGUCCUUUAAAUGUGAUAGUUGUGACAAGUCCUUUGAUACAAAGCAAAAGUGUCGGUAUCAUAUAAGAUCCGUGCAUUCAAUGAAAGCGAGAAAUAAGUGCGUGUAUUGCGGCGAGUUCUUUAGGGACUACCGUACCAAAAUUUCACACCAGUACAAAGUGCAUGGGGUAGCCUGUGUCUUCAAAUGUACCGCCUGCGAUAGAAGCUUUAUUAGCCAGAGGGGCUAUCAAACUCACAUGCAAAGAUAUCACCUAAUGGAAAGACGACAUCCCUGCAAAUAUUGUGACAUGAGAUUUUACUCAACAUCCGAAUUAAAAUGCCAUCUUGCUAAACAUAAUAUCGAAGUCCCUGUCUUCAAAUGCGACAUUUGUAUGAAAUCGUAUAAGAGAAAAACGACGCUACGGAAUCAUUUGAGAAUCCAUUCUGAUGAUAGACCGUACAGAUGUGAGGUCUGUAGUAGAACCUUCAUCCAUAAGUGUAGUUGGAGGAGCCAUUUGACCUCUAAACAUGGCAUUAUACAACCUAAAGUAUCAUAUUGUCCACGACGUAGCCACACAAAUGAUCUUAUUGAUGAUCAGAGUGUCAAAAAACAAAGAGAAAAGAAAGGUGUAGAAUUGGCUAAACAUCGUUACAAUUUGGUGGAAAUUCUGAGAAACUCAAACAUCACACCAAUACGAUGCAGAGGCGGUAUUGGAUAUGCGUGUUGCUAUUGCGCACAAGAAUAUACUGACCCAGCCGACCUUAAAGCACAUACAUUAAACGAACAUGAAGAAAAUGAGAGGCUACGUCUAUUGGACGGAAAGGACUUGUAUAAAUUUCACGCUAAACUUGAUAUAACUGAACUGAAAUGUAAGAUUUGUGAAACAAAAAUCAAUACUCUGGAACAAUUUAUCGAUCAUCUAAUUAAUAAUCAUCACAUCAGCCUGCACAAAGAUAUAAAGAACCAGUUGUUCCCAUUUAAGUUCGAUCAAGAAGCACUGAGGUGCUGCAUAUGUGACGGUGUUUUUCACAAAUUCAAAUCCCUCCUGGAACACAUGAACGUACACUAUCGGAACUACGUUUGCAAAGACUGUGAUGCAGGUUUCGUUAAUCGCAGCAAUUUAACCCAACACGCGAAACGCCAUCAGCUGGGCACGUUCAACUGUGAUUUUUGCUCAAAAGUAUUCGAUACAUUUAGAAAGAAACGCUCUCACGAAAAAUGCGUCCACACCCAUUCACAUUCACUCAACAAAUGCGGUUACUGUAAUGAAAAAUUUAGAGAUUACAGCAGAAAAGAGAAGCAUUUAAUCGAUGUUCACGGUGUUAUUAAUAAGGAAACUAAGUGCCAAGCGUGCGAUAAAACUUUUAAAAAUCAAAAGGAAUACAAUUCGCACAUAAAAAGAUUGCACCUAAUGGACAAGCGACACAAGUGUUCCGAAUGUGAUAUGGCGUUUUAUACCUCUGGCGAGUUGAAGAAUCACGCUGUAAAACAUACGGGUGAACGUAGUUUUGUGUGCGAUGUGUGUCAUAAAGCGUAUGGACGGCAGAAGACACUCAAAGAACAUAUGCGUAUACAUAAAGAUGAUAGGCGGUUUAAGUGUGAGCAUUGUGGCAAAGCGUUCGUUCAGAAAUGUGGGUGGCGGGGACAUAUGUGGGCGAAACACGGUGGAAAGAAAAGUCGCACGACAUUGACGUCUCAAAGAGAUAGUGAAAAUGAUAAAAAUGAUCCACCAAAAGCUAAACACGGUCACGAAUUAGAGAAACACAGAACAAAUAUAAGAGAGAUAAUACUUUGGUCAAACGCAACGCCUAUUCGUAAUCGUGGUGGCAUUGGCUACGCGUGCUGCUUCUGCCCUAACCAGUUUCCAGACCCUGCUGAGUUAAAAAGUCAUACCAUAGCAGCCCAUGAUGAUAUUACUAAAUCCACAUUCAUGAAAGGAAAAGAUAUGUAUAGCUAUUUUGUAAAAUUGGACAUAACCUAUCUUACCUGUAAGAUUUGCCUACAAAGUUUCGAUACAUUGGAAACCUUAAUGGAACAUUUAAAGUGUGAACAUAACAAAAAUAUCUCUACCGAUAUAAAUAAUCAUAUUCUCCCAUUCAAGUUCGAUAGUGAACCGCUCAGAUGCUUCAUAUGUCUUAAUGUUUUUAACAAAUUCAAGGCGUUGCAAGAACACAUGCAUACGCAUUACAGAAAUUUUAUAUGCGAUGUGUGUGAUGCUGGAUUUGUUAAUAGACAUAUACUCCUCUGCCAUAGAGAAGCACACAAACUUGGUACGUUUAAUUGCAAACAGUGCACAGAGGUGUUUGAUACAAUGAGGAAGCUAAAGCAACACGAACGAAAGAUACAUCACGGCUUCAAUAUGCCGUACAAAUGUGGUUACUGUGAUGAGAGAUUCAAAGAAAGUUUUCAUAAGUAUGAACACCUCGCUAAAGUUCACGGGAUUGUGGGUCCCUCUGUUAAGUGUCAAGCAUGUGAGAGAACGUUUACGACGCAGCAGACGUUAUUGCUGCAUACAAAGAAGUAUCAUUUGAUGCAAAAGCAGCAUAAGUGUUCCUAUUGCGAUAAAGCAUUCUUUGGAAAGAGGGAGUUGAACGAUCACAUAGUCAAACAUACUGGAACGAGAGAGUACCGUUGUGAAGUAUGCUUUAAAUGUUAUGGACGAUCAAAAACUCUUAAAGAGCACAUACGGAGACUGCACUCUGAUGAUCGAAGACAUAAUUAG